AUGUCUGUCCCUUAUAUUUCUUUUGUUUCAUCCAGACUUCUUGUUCCAUUCUCUGCAGUCGAGGCCUGGCUCUUUACUCCGCCUGUGCCCGCUUCUGCUUCGCAUUUCUGCCUUAAUUUGUUUCCCCGUUUCACACAAACAUUCUAUCCGAUUUGCACAAAACUGUCUUAUACUUCACAUCCAUUUCUUUUCACGCUUUUGGUCCUUUAUCUCAAACAGGAGCUCUUUGGAUCUGUAAUGACAGUGAGAUUGAUUAAUGUUGUUUGGACCAACGAGUCCUGGUUUGUUUCUUCGCUAUCUGAGUAUAUUUCUCUUGUACAUUGUAUCUUGGCCUCUACUGAAGAAUGA